UGUUGUUCGACGCAGUCCGAGCACCUUUUCAGGUAACCUAAGAAUAAAGUGUGAUCACCAUGGCUAUGAUAUUCAGCUCUGUGCUAGCAGAUGUCACCGUCGUUGUGGCCACAUGCUUAGUUGCAGCGUAUCUGUACUUCGCCAGCAUCUUCAGAUACUGGAAGAGACGAGGCGUUCACUACAUUCCUCCCACAUCAAUGUUUGGGAAUCUGGGUGGAGUAGCGUUGCAGAGGGAACACAUUGGCGAAUACCUCAAGAAGGUGUACGACAGCAACCCGGAUCAACCCGUAGUCGGCCUCUUCGCCUUCAGGAAGCCCAUUCUGAUGGUGCGUGACCUCGACGUGGUGCAGAGCGUCAUGGUGAAGAACGCACAUGCUUUCUUGGACAGGCCCGUGAACAUUUCACAGGAAAGUAACCCAUUGGCUUCCAGGAGUCUCUUUGCUCUGAAGGGCAAGAAGUGGAGACUCUUGAGAACGAAACUCACACCCACCUUCACCUCCGCGAAGAUAAAGAAGAUGUUUUAUCUUGUCAAUGAGUGCGGCAAGCAGUUACUGCCGUGCAUCGAAAAGGAAAUGGAAAAAGGAAAGCAUGUGAUGGUGAAGGACACAGUGGCCAGAUAUUCCACAGAUGUCAUCGCGUCCUGUGCUUUUGGAGUCGACGGCAAAGCUCUUGUUGAUCCGAAUAGCGAAUUUCGAGCAACCACAAGGAAGAUCUUUGAAAGAACUAAACUACAGGAUUUGGCUUUAAACCUCAUUACCCUUGCACCAUCACUGAUAAGAGCACUAAGGUUGAAAAUUACCGAUGAAAGCAUCAACAACUACUUGCGCAAGUUAUUCUGGGAAGUUGUUGACCAUCGUAAGAAGAAUAAUGUUUCCCGAAACGACUUUGUGGAUAUUCUGAUGCAGCUAAAGGACGAGGGUCAAGUCCGAGCAGAAGAAGAUGCACAUGACAAGGAAGAAAUAAAGCAAGACAGUGAAAAUAUGGACAUUAAAAAACUGAGGAUCGAGGCGAUAGAUUUGAAGCUGGAGGAUGAUGACUUCGUGGCUCAAGCCUUCAUUUUCAUAGGUGCAGGAUAUGAGACUUCUUCUUCAGUCAUAGCGUUCACACUUUACGAGUUGGCACUAAACCCUUCCAUUCAAGACAAGCUGAGGAGAAAAUUGAUGACUGUUCUAGAGAAACAUAACUCAGAAGUUACCUAUGAAGCAAUAGCUGAGAUGGAUUACCUGGAGAUGGUCAUUUCGGAAACAUUGCGCAAGCACCCAACUGUACCAAUACUGGCAAGACAGUGUUUAGAAGACUUCAGGAUCCCAGGAACCGACAUCACAAUAGAAAAAGGAACGAGUGUUAUGAUUCCUGUGCUGGCAAUCCACUCUGAUCCUGCCAUUUACCCGGAACCAGACAAGUUUGAUCCUGAAAGGUUCAACCAUGAAAAUAAAAACAAACGUUCCAAGUUUGCACACAUUCCAUUCGGAGAAGGACCAAGAAUAUGCAUAGGUAUGCGGUUCGGCCAGAUGCAAGUGAAGACAGCUCUAGUGCAUAUUCUGACCACCUACCAGGUCCGGCCCUGCGCAGAAACACCCACACCUCCACUGCGGUUGAAACCCACUGGAGUGAACACUCCCAGGAAAGAGAUUGCCCUAGCGUUCGACAGAAUCAAUUGAAUGUUUUGAUUAAGUUAAUGCAUUUUUUACUAAGAGAUACUAUUUACAUUUGUUUUAAUGUGUCUGUUGCGGGUUUCUUAUUUUACUUCUAAUGCAUCACAACCAUGCCGGGAUAUUUCAGCCAUAUGUAUCAGCAGCAAUUAUUGGCUGUAGCAAUCGUUUCAUUAUGUAAUAAACAAAAAAAAGUUGAUUAAAAUAGUUAUCGUAGUGGCAUAACGCGCUACCAAAGAGUUUUUUUUAAACUUUCAUUUAAUGUAAAUUGUCUUUUAUUUAUUGUAAAGAGUAAAAAGAAUGUAUACUAUAUGUAAACAUGUGGCAAACGAGCACUGCUGGGAUGUCUAUAUAACGUCAAUAAAACCUGUAAAGGGUAUGAACAUGUGUAAUAAAAAUCUAUUGAAUUGAA